CCGGCGUGCCGCGGCGGCGGGGCGGGCCGGGCCGGGCCGUGGUGCCAGCCGGGAGCGCAGCCGGGGCGGCGGGGUGCGCGCCGGAGAGCCCGGCCCGCCGAGCCCAACCGCGCCGAGCCCAGCCUGCAGCGUUUCAGGGGUGCCUGAUUAACCUAAAAGCCAACAUGAACGUGGGAACAGCGCACAGUGAGGUAAACCCCAACACCCGUGUCAUGAACAGCCGGGGCAUCUGGUUGUCCUACGUCCUGGGAAUUGGACUGCUGCACGUCGUACUCCUGAGCAUCCCCUUCUUCAGCGUUCCUGUGGUUUGGACUCUUACGAACAUCAUUCACAACAUGAGCAUGUACAUCUUCCUGCACACGGUGAAAGGGACGCCCUUCGAGACGCCCGACCAGGGGAAGGCGCGGCUGCUCACGCACUGGGAGCAGAUGGACUACGGCGUGCAGUUCACAGCGUCGCGCAAGUUCCUGACCAUCAUGCCCAUCGUACUGUAUUUUCUAACCAGCUUUUACACAAAGUAUGACCGGAUACACUUCAUAAUCAACACCAUCUCCCUUAUGAGUGUCCUGAUCCCCAAACUGCCCCAGUUUCAUGGAGUCCGGAUCUUUGGGAUCAACAAGUACUGAACUGCUUGGAUGGAGUGAAUUGAAGAGGAGCAGGGAAGAGGGGGAAAUUCCUUCUCUUUAGUCCUGUUCCUUCACCCUCAUGCACACUGGGAUAUAGUUUCACGGCGGCUAUUUAAAUGCAGUAUCCAAUAGACGUAUACCGCAUGCUGGAUCCUCAUGCCCAAUAAAUCUAAACAAGCUCCAGAGUAGAGUUUAGUGCGGAGCAGGAUACAUGAUGCUGGAUUUCUCUUAUUCCAGUGUCAUUAAGUAGAUGCAGAUACACUGAGACUUCAAGGUACAAAGAGGAUGAAUCCUGGGGAGGUUUUCAUCUAUCCCAGACAUAGAAUGAAAAGCAUGGGGACGAGGGGGAAAAGCUUCUAGUGCUGGUACUAUUACUGUGGUAAAUGCACUUUAAAAUAUAUUUCCCUUUCUGAAGCUAGGUGCUUUAAAUGAUAUUUGGGAACAUUCAAAGGGAUGCAGCCAGACUUUCCCAAUACUUGAUUGUUUUAGGGUAUGGGUUUCAUAUUGGACGAGGAGUGGGGGAGAAGAGAAUGACAGAUUUUUAUUUUUAAAUCCUUUAUCCCGCUGAGAAAGGAAAUUCUUUUACUGGAAAGAAUACAGGAAGGAGUGACCUGCAAUUUGACAGAGCUUUCAGCUCUCUAUGGUACCAUUCAGGUGGUUCAGGGGAAAAGUCCUAAUCAAAUCCCAAAUCAUGCUAGUUAUUUUCAGCUCAUACCAGAAUCCAAGUAACUUUGCUCCCCACCCCAAACAACCCAUUUUAAAGCACACACUGAGCACUCAGGCAGUGCUCAGUAGAGCAUCUGGAUCAAGAGUCAGGGUGCAAGUUAUUUUAAUGAUUGACUAGAAAUGUCACUGAGCUAUUUGGUACAUGGGGGUCGUAUGAGGAUGCAAGAAAGUGAAGACUGACAGGUACAGGCCAAAUGAGACAGACGGCUGCUGGAUACAGGCAGUUAGUGGCUGUGACUAGAAUUUUUCUCCUCCAACCAGCAACUCGGUCUCCCAAGUCUGUGUACAUUCUGCUGACAUCUGCCUGUUCUCCAGUUAGCUGUGGACUUAACUCUGCAUCUCACUUCACACCAGGAAAAGUGUUUGAUUUCUGACUUAGCCUGGAAGUCUGUCCCUCACCUCUAUGUAGUGUCUUGCCCAAAUACUGCAGCAGCAUCCCCUGGCCCUCGAAUGACCUUGGAAACUGAGUAAGGGAGCUGUAAGACAGCUGUACUAACAAGCAGCACCAGCAGCAGACAGCUAACCGAAUUGACCAACAGAAGGAUGUAAUGGGUCACUGAAGAUAACUGAUGAUUUAGUAUAGAAACAGGAUUGAGCUUUUUCCCCAUAAAAUUAUCCACCUAAAUAAAAUAGGUUUGCAGGUUUAGAUCUCCUAGUUGAGGGGUCUUUCUGCUGUUCACAAAGCAGUAGGUUUUUAUUUUGGGUUGUGUGCUGGUUGAAAUGUGUUUUUCCUCAUGCUUCCCCUGAAAGCCUGUAUUUUUGUUGUCUUAGUGCUUAUAUUAUCUCACAUUUUUGACAACAAUAUAAACAUUUUAAAUAUGGUAUUUUUGUUCCUGCAUUAGCCAAGUAUAGCCUUAGAGGUCAGUGGGUAAUAGAGUGGAUAUUGAUGACUUCUGUUUGAUGGUCUCAGCAUAGGACAGAGAUAGAAGAACCUCAAGUUUGCAUAAGCGGUCUAGUAAUACUCCAUGCAUAAUUUUGGGCAAGCUGUUUUAUUUCUCUGUCUCAGAUUUACUAUCAGACUGCUGCGGAGAAAGGGGAAAAAACAUUUAAUGUAUCUCAGAGGGCUGUGGUAAUGCCUAGAGAAGCAUUAUCUAAUGUGUUUGAAAUGGAAAUAUUCUAAGUGAAAAGGAAGCUCUUGAGAAGAUAGACAGAAAAGAGUCUGGCUUGAUACUUGAGUGCUGUUCUCCAGCAACAGAGUUUGACAGAUGUCUAAUUUAUUUGAUUUUUCUUUUGUUUUUUUCUUAAAACUUUUAACCACCAUGACAUAGAGAUUGCUGCUUUAGCUGAGGUACUAUAUACCCUAAAGCUAAUAUACUCUUUAAGCUACUAGACAAUGACUUUUGAAAUAAAAUAGUUUUCAAAUUAGAGCUAGUUCUUCAAUCAGCUGAGUAUCUUUGAUACUGUUGAUUUCUCAGUCAUUUUAAUGUCUUGAAUGCCUGCAGAAGGACUGCUACCCUCACAUUUGUAGGGCCUGCUCUUAACAGGAUGUAGACUGUAUGGUGCUUAACAAACCUGAAUGUCUGACGGCACGCGGAAUGCGCAUGCUAUUGGCGAGUCUCCUCCAGAGGAAAGAGCACAGUUUAGUUAUUUAGGUAGAAUGUGAGGGGGCAAAAAACAUCCACUUAUCUGCAACAAAUACAGUUGAUUUACCAAGGAUGCUUUUGCUUAAAAACAUUAUUCCAAUAGACAAAUGUAUUGACUAUUUCUGUAAGUACAUGCACAUUACACAGAAUCAGAGCAAUUUUGACAUCUUUAGCAGAAAUAUAAACAGAAGUUAGGGGUCAGAUUUUCGUAAUGAAAUACAGCUUCAUUGAAGGCCUUGAUGUUACAGCAGCUGCCGAUCUGAACAUACAUUAUUUGUACUCUUAACUGACACUAUGGACAUUUGAUUCCAUUUUGUUGAAUUAAAGAUUAACUGCCAAACAAUACAGAAUAAAAUGGCAUUACAAGCUUCUCAAAAGAGCAGUUUUUAAAGCCUAAAAUUUCUUGUUAGACAAAACCUUAAUUAUAAUAGCAAAUUUUUCUGAUUUACUUUGUUCACACUGAAAUGAAUUAAAAUAGCCAUUACACAUAUGUAUUUGGAGUUACAUGGCAAAUUACAGUCUUCACAACAUAGGCACAGCAUUUUUGCCAUGGAAUAUCUGAAAGUUAACUUGGACUCAUACAGUUAAUCCAAUCAAGUGAAAUAUAAAUGAAAACAGGAGAAAUAUGGAAAAAAAGUGAGUAAAAACUGAAGAAAUAUUUUAUAUUAAUUAUGUAGUAUGUUAAGUAUUUAGAUAAGAUUAAUAGUUACUUGAACAAUUAUUGAUCUGAUAGUAUCUUCCUUAAAAUGCCAUCUUCAGGGUAAGUAUGAGAAUUAAUAAAAAAAUAUAAAACAAGCCACAGAUUAAUUUUAAUUAAGCCACAGUUGCAAUUGCUACUUGUUAGGUGUACCUAAACUAGGUUUAAGUCAAACAGCUUUGGUACUGCUGGUUGAGCCACCUUCAUACACAAGUUUUGUGGCUGGCUCCUCCCUGUCAGUGUCACAGGAGCAAGUUGUACCUGACCCAAUUUCUUGUUAACCAUCUCCACUGCAACAGUGUGAAAAUAAUGGAUGGAGUUUUGGGUCUCCUGGAACUCUGCACCAAAGCAACUUCUGUUUUAUUUCUGUUUGUUUUAUAGAAGCAAGAGUUUAGUCCUGGAAGGCUAAUCCUGGACACGAAAAAGUUAAAGAAGAUAAUCAAAACACUAAAACUCCUAUGGGAUAAGUCACUUCAGAGAAAAGGGACAUCAGGGUAACAUAGACAGGGUGAGGGGUUUUCAGACAGCAGUGUAUUUGCAGCUAGCAUAGCAGUGAUACAAGGGUGAAGCCUACCUUUUGCAUAGAGAACGAGAAUGUGAGUGAGAAGACAGUCCAUUAGUUCUUUUAGACCACAGGACUUUCUCCAAGUACCUGCAUGAAGGAGAGAGUUGAUUGUUACUGAUUUUAAACAGGAUUUUGAUCACAACACAUGUGACAUUUUCCUCUAAGCCUUUUACUGGCUCCCUGCAUAGUGACUAGGGUAAACUUCAGCUGGAGAAUUAAAGGUAGAUUCCAUUGUGUGACUGAGAAACAAAGAAUGGACAAGUAUGUACCUAAAAUGCUUUUCAUUUUUGUUUUGCUGUGGAUGGAGAAGGGGAAAAGGUUUUGAAAAGCACCACUAGAUGAGUUCACAGGCACUGGCAAAAGCCAUCCCUUUGCCUGAUCUUGUUGUGGGCAAAAACUGCUCUAAGCCAUUGUUAAGACCAUGUACUUACUCAAAAAGUACAGAAAUCAUUGCACCAGGAAAAGUCACAAAACAAUCAAGUACUACCAGCUUGAUGUUUCUGAAUUAGGGAUCCUGUCUUGCAAUUCAUUUAAUAUAGCCAACAGGAUGUCAUGGAGCCCGACUCUUUGCAGGAGAAAGCCUUUAAAAGAGGAGGAAAAAAAAAAUACCCUGAGAUACAGGGCUACCUAAUUCCAGAGUACUUAAAACUUUUUUUUUUUUUUUAAUUAAUAAAAGUAUGGUACUGGCCCUUGAAAGAGGGACAGCAGCUGGGUUGCCAUUGUUAACAUGUUAAUAUUUCCUGUUGCAAUUUACAUUGCUUUAUCAUUGCCCAUAAUAUAUAUUUUAAGCAUGUGAGUGUGUGUGUAUGUAUCCUCCCUGGAUCAAUUUAAGCAAGCUAAAUUAGUUUUUUAUGGAACAUUCUCACAUUGUACAUAGUUUUAGGGUUUUUUUCCAGUAGCCCUUCUUUUUGCUGUGUAUACAAAAGUCUCAUCUAGAGAACUUUCUAAAAUAAAGUGUGAAUAUUUUUAUUACUCCUUUGUACAGUAUUCUAAGAGAAACUAAUAAAGUAAGUAUUCAUGUAAAAAUUG